GUCAGUCGCACUCGGCGAGUCGCUCUCGGACGCGCCGCGCGAUCGCGUGGGCGUCUUAAGUUUCCCUCGUUUUUCUUUUUCUCUCGCCUCCCUCUCAUUUUGUUCUCCCUUCAAUUUUUUCCUCUUUUCGUACCUCCCCUCCCCCCUUCUCCCCGUUUUGUCUCUCUCUCUCUCUCUCUUUCUCUCUCUCUCUCUCUCCGCUGCUUCCCGUCGUCUGUGCGGUGUUUUAAUGUGUGCACCGAGAAACUCGAUCCAGAAGAAACCGCGCGCCGUUCGCCAACGGGAUUACAGCGAGCUGUCUCGUCCGGCUGGAAUGCGGAACACGGUCCCUCAGAUAUCCGAGAGACGGGUGAUGAUGUAACGGGACUUUCGCUGUCGCUGCGCGCGCGGUGAGGCAACAAUGUCCACACAAUGCAAUCGCUUCGUGCAAAACGCCUGGAAGAAGGAGCUCUGUUCGAACUGCUUCAAGCCGAAAGAGGAACACGCGGCGGCUGAUGAAAUCUUGAGGCUCAACGUCGAGAAGGCUUCCACGAACCUGAAGAUCGACCACCUUCAGCUACAGAGCAUCCUGCGUGGCAAGACGGUCUGCCGGAAGGAUCAGCGGAAGAAGAACGUCGGCUUUCCCGACUCCCUCACCGAGAUAAUCGGCUACGGCGGGGACGAUUUCUUCUCCGACAGCGAGGAGGAGCAUGAUGAGUUCCACGUCGACUCGAGCGCGAGCCCGGAGGACGAGGUGCCGGACAGCGAGGAGGAACGCGCGCUGGGCAACCAGACCCGCGCCAACACCAACUUCAACACGGUCACCGCGAACCUGACGGAUCCCCCGGGGAGCAAUGGGUCAAGCGACGCGAUCAAGUCGCCCACGACGACGACGCCCCCGAAGUCCUUCGCCUCCCUGAUGCUGGGCAGAAUACAGAGAGACGCGGACGGCAGGAAGACGACGCUGCUGGUCUCGGUGACGCCGUUCGGCGGUGACGAGGCCGUGCCCACCGCGAAGAGGCCCGUCGAUCGGAAGAUCAACACGAUUAACCUGCAGGCCAGCCCGUUCAAGUGCAAGUCCAGCAACGGAGGAUUGUCGGACGGCACGGCCGAUGUCGCGAGGAAGCUCAACGGGGCGGAACGGAGAAAGGCCGAUGAGCAGGAACAAAAGCGGCCCCCCGAGCAGCUGGAGAAGAUCGUGGACAUGCCGCUGAUCACGUCCGCCAACAUGAUCACCGUCGUCCGCAAGGAGGGCAGUCCGGCGGGCUGCGUCAACGCGCCGGCGAUGGACGCGGAGAAAGCGGCGGAGAUGACGCAGAGGUGCGCGCAACAACUCGGUAAGCCGGACAACAAGAGAAACGGCGUGGUGCCGCGCGGCGGCGGGGCGACGGUGAAAAAGACUGAGGCUGAGACGUCAAGGACGCAAUCCGCGCCGAGCGCCGUGGGGGAGAAGAGGACGUCGACGAAGAAGGGCGAGGCGCGUCCGAAACGCGAAGAGGAAGGACCCUCGGUCAUCGCCGCGACGUCUUCGAGGAACGACGAGGCGCCGGAGAGCGACCGUCCGAUGAGCGUCGCCGGCAAGGACACCGCCGCCAAGGUGGUGGACGCCGCGUCGCCGCGAGGGCGCGAGGUCGAGGGACGGUGCAUGGAAGAGGAGAAGAAGAAGUUCUGCUUCGAGAGCUCGCGGGAACUCGCGGGCGAGCCGGACGGCAAGGCGGACGAGGAGGAGAUGACGGAACCGCCGGCGUUGCCGAGCAGCCCGCCGCCGAUCGUAGCUACGGAGCCCAGGCCGUCCUUUCUGCACGGCGGCGUUAUUAACGUCGAUUCGAAAGCGAAGCCCGCGGUGCCGCAGAAGCCCCUGACCUUUUCCGCGAAGGCGAGCCCGGUCGACGCUCCUCCGCUCACCGUGAGGAAAAUUCCCAACGGCGAUUACGUGCUGCCGCCGCCGUCGGUGCAAAAUGUCGCCGGCAGAUCCGCUCAGAAUUUCAGUGCGCUAGAGGCAGGCUUGCGGCGUUCCGCGAAGAAGAACCCGCCGAACGAGGCUCCGUCGUCGGAGGUCGUCGAGUCCCCGAGCGCGAGCGAGAUCGCGGAAUCCGAGAGCCGGACGAAAGGAUCGUCGAGGUUCGCCCUCGCAUCCUCGUCCCCCGUUUCCACAUCCUCGAGCCUGAGCCCGUCGAAGAGCCCGAUGGAGAACGGGGAAGUCGAAGAGAUGGUCGCGCCGGACGAGGACUUCGCCGAGCUGAUCCCGGUGUCCAUCUCCACGAUGGAACUGGUGCGCUCCCCGAACAAGAGGAGGAUGGCUCCGCGGCCGCCGGCCGCGGAAUCCGCGGAGGAACUGCUGCCGGCCUCCUCCUCCCUGUUCGCCCGAAAUCCAGGAGCGAGUCUCGUCAAGUCCGACUCGCCGGUGGUGCGCGAGAAGGAGAAGCGCGAACGCUCGUCCUCGUGCAGCCCGAAGUUCCGCAAGGCGGUCUGCGAGCUGCCGGACCCGACGAGCACCGAAGGCGCGAAGACCGGCGAGCCCCGAAGAACGAUCUCCCUGUCGCAGGACAGCUUGACGAGUGAGAAGGAGGCGCGGGAGGAGAAGAAGAGGGGCAGGAGCCGGCGGGGCUUCUCGCUCAAGAGGUUCCUCAGGAUGGGCUCGAGGAAGGACAUGGACAUGGUAAGCGGGCAGACGUCGGGCGCGAGGAGCACCGACGAGAUACCGUCGACGCCGCAGCCGAAGCCGCGGCUGGAGAUCAUCCAUCCUCUCGAGCUGGACGGCGCCGCGGUUGAGGUGGUGGGGAACGACCGAGUCGCCGGCAGGACGAUCGGCGGCGAGGAUCAGACGGACUCCGCCAGGGGCGACGGGCCGAAGGCUGGGCGUUUCCCUCCGCCGUCGCAGGCGAGGCCCGGGAAACCUCCGCCGCCGCCGAGGAAUCAGUCCCUGGAGGACUGGUCGAGGUUGGACCCGGCGAGCAAGCCGGUCAGGCCGCCGCCGCCGCGGGCCGACGCGAAACUGAGCGUCCCCGCCCGGACGAGCGACAAGCCGUCUUCGAAGUCCGCCUGGAGGCCGGCUGCCGCCGCCACCUCGGACCACUCGAUUUACGCGAACCUGGCAGCGGAGGAUGUUACAGGUGAGGUGCGCAGCGCCCUGGCACCCUCGAAACCCCAAAGAACCGCCAGUAUGAGAGACCGAGUCAUCUCGCAACCAGUCCCGAAGAGGCACGGCGCGCCAGCCGAGAGUCAACAUCAGGAUUACGACGGGCUUGUACGACCCACUUCCGACUCACCGACGUCCAACGACAGCCACGUGUACGAGUGCCUCUCGAGCUCGCCCGAGUGCGACUCGAAUCUCGAGCUGCGACACGGAAUCGGAGGCGGAUUCCGCGCCGCCUGCAAGAGGAAGUCGGACAGUAGCGCGAUGGAGAACGGGGCGGAGAAGUUCCAUCAUCAACCGUUCGUCAGGUCGACCUCGUUGCCGUAUUGCGGCAGUGAGACCGAAAGCGAGCUCUACGCGCCGUACACUUUUUACACGGGCGAUGAGGGUGCGGAGGAGGAUCAGGACUGGAAGAGCAGGGACGACGAGCCGAGGAUGAGCCGCUUGAGGCAACGCAGAGGACGCAGCAUCGUUCAUCGAAGCCUCGAGGACAACUACGGGGCGGUGGUGGUGGCGAAUCACGAAGCGCUCGCCCAAUUUCUCGAGCAGGAAAAUCAAACGAUGCAGUUACCGGUGGGUCUGCGCGCCCUGAAAAACGCGAAUUCGCGGCUGAAGCACUUCAACGUCGACACUCUGACGUCGGUCUCCGUCGGCAGGAGAAUAUUCUGUCCGGCGACGUGGAACGAUCAAAGCGUCACACUCUGCAUAACGUUCGACCUAGCAGUGCCUACGCCGCAAAGGGACUUCUAUCUGGCACCUAUAAUAGAAUUCGUAGAUACAGUGCCGAAGGAGAUCGUCGGGAAGGUCCGAUCAUCCGGCAACGAGGAUACGGAAGCUACGAUUUCGGUUCUGCCGCGUGUGCACGUAACCACCGUGCAAUCGUUCGGGACGUUGUCGAAGGACACGAGCAACGAGGGUGCAAGUCGGGAGGCUUCGUUCGUGCUGCUUCAGCUCGUGAACGCCCUGAAGAGUCUUCAGGCGCGUGGGAUCGAGGACACCAGCAAGUUCCUGAGCGACGUGAUACUCUGCAGGGAGGACAAGGAUAUCUGUUAUCGGCUGUAUCUGCUGCAAGGGAGGUUAAACAUAGGCCCGUGCGAUGAACCCGGCGAGGAACGAGCCUCACUGUGCGAGUGCGCUUUGAUAGCGCUGCAGCAGUUACAUCUCACGAGCGAGCUGCCUCUCAUACGAGAUCUGCUGAUACGCGAGAGAGCGGUUACCCUUUCGCAGGUGAAGUCCGUGUUGGAGUUUUCGCUGUGGGGCCCGGCCGAUGUGCCCCUCGGUGGGCCGCGGGAGAGGGAAGUGGCGCUUCAACGGUGGCUCGAUCUCGAGAGGGCGAACGUGCUCCACGCUCUCGUCAAGACAAAGGCAGCUCUCACCGUCACGGACGAGUAUCAACUAUUAUUCCUGGUGCGCACCACUGCCAAGAUUAUGAGCGAGGCGUCAGUGCUGCUGGACGAACAACGUAAUCGGCUGGCGCGAAGAGGCUGACGUUC